AUGACCGGCAGAGCUCGCAGAGAGGCGGUGCAGGCCGCGGCCCGGGAACUUCUGAAGUUCGUGAACCGGAGCCCCUCUCCCUUCCACGCUGUGGCUGAGUGCCGCAGCCGCCUCCUCCAGGCUGGCUUCCAUGAACUCAAAGAGACCGACAGCUGGGAUCUCAAACCUGAGAGCAAGUACUUUCUGACCAGGAACUCCUCCACCAUCAUCGCUUUCGCUGUUGGGGGCCAGUAUGUCCCUGGCAAUGGCUUCAGCCUCAUUGGUGCUCACACGGACAGCCCCUGCCUCCGGGUAAAACGCAGGUCUCGCCGCAGCCAGGUGGGCUUCCACCAGGUGGGCGUGGAGACCUAUGGUGGUGGCAUCUGGAACACUUGGUUUGACCGUGACCUGACCUUGGCUGGGCGUGUCAUUGUCAAGUGCCCCACCUCAGGCCGGCUGGAGCAGCGGCUGGUGCACGUGGAGCGGCCCAUCCUCCGCAUCCCACACCUGGCCAUCCAUCUGCAGCGGAACAUCAAUGAGAACUUUGGACCCAACACUGAGACGCACCUAGUCCCCAUUCUUGCCACAGCCAUCCAGGAGGAGCUGGAGAAGGGGACCCCCGAGCCAGGGCCCCUCAACACUGUGGAUGACCGACACCACUCCGUCCUCAUGUCCCUGCUCUGCUCCCAACUGGGGCUGAGCCCCGAGGACAUCCUGGAGAUGGAGCUGUGUCUUGCCGACACCCAGCCUGCGGUCCUGGGCGGGGUCUAUGAGGAGUUCAUCUUUGCCCCUCGGCUGGACAAUCUGCACAGCUGCUUCUGUGCCCUGCAGGCUUUGAUCGAUUCCUGUGCAGCCCCUACCUCCCUGGCCACGGAGCCCCACGUGCGCAUGAUUGCACUCUACGACAAUGAAGAGGUGGGGUCUGAGAGCGCCCAAGGUGCGCAGUCACUGCUGACGGAGCUGGUGUUGCGGCGGAUCUCAGCUUCUCCCCAUCACCUGACGGCCUUCGAGGAAGCCAUUCCCAAGUCCUACAUGAUCAGCGCUGACAUGGCCCAUGCCGUGCACCCCAACUACCCAGAGAAGCACGAGGAUAACCACCGGCCCGCCUUCCACAAGGGCCCCGUGAUCAAGGUGAACAGCAAGCAGCGCUACGCCUCAAAUGCUGUUUCCGAGGCCCUGAUCCGAGAAGUGGCCAACAAUGUCGGGGUGCCCCUGCAGGAGGUCAUGGUCCGCAACGACUCCACCUGCGGUACCACCAUCGGGCCCAUCCUGGCUUCCCGCCUGGGGCUGCGGGUACUGGAUCUGGGCAGCCCCCAGCUCUCUAUGCACUCCAUCCGGGAGGUAGCCUGCACCACAGGAGUGCUCCAGACCCUCACUCUCUUCAAGGGCUUCUUUGAGCUCUUUCCUUCUCUGAGCCGCAACCUCGUCGUGGACUGAAACCCCUGGAAGACUUCCCUUCCCAGCCCUUUGUCCCUGACAGGGGAGGUUCUCAGCUGAGCUGAAGCUGGAUUAUUAAAGCGGAUUUUUCACACA